GGGUCGGGGCCUGUCAAGGGAACGUCAACCUGAGGACACUUGAGAGGUCAGGAAACGAGAGCCGGAGCGAACGUUCAACCGGCAGAUCCUGGAGUCCGGCGAGUAACCAAGCAAGCGAGCAUGGGACUCAGGGAACGGGGCCAACGACCGUCACUAGCGUCGAAUACGAGGAUCUGUGUACGCAAGACGGGCACGCGCGGGGGUCAGGCCAGCGGACGUCAUGGGCCAAGGUCGAGGCUGUGACGAGGACGUACACGACAGACUACCGCGAGUACCAGGUGCAUCGCCACGGUGCCGAGAGAGAGGAGGUCGGAAAGUUGCUGGCGGUGCCGAAACGAGUCUUUGUGGUCGGGGACGAGGACCAGCGACCCGAGGAGCGGAGGGCGGAAGCGAUACGGCGAGCGACGCGUGCCUUGCAGUGGUCGGUAGCCGACAAACGUCUUCGUUCGGCGAGGUACUGGCGUCAAUACGAGGAGAUCGAGGAGGACCGGAUGUGCCACACGGCGUUGAUCAAGUGCGGACCUAUGAGUACUCCAGUGCAAGCGUCAUCGAACGAGGGAAGAACGGAAGAACGGAGAUACCUGGAUACGGCACAGGCGAGGCGUCGAACGAGCGAGACGAGCUGAGGACACAGGCACAAGAAUCAUGGCGGGCGGGGCAGGCAUGCAAGGAUCGUGCGGCGACGCGUACUGCGCAAGGCCGCGGUCUGAACAGCAAGCUAGGUGGUGAGGUGAAGAGAAUCACGGGCGGCGAGGCACCGAGUGCAGCCAGUAGGACAUGCGACAGGGAGCAGACGGAGGUCGGAGAAUCCUGGGCAGCGGCAGGACGAGUCCUCAGGUUCGGAAACAAUCGGCCGCCGCUACAUCAGCGAGCUGUAGGGGUGUCACGGGUGUCCAGGCGAGUUGCGACGGCGAUAGAGGACAGAUAUACCGGACGAACCCCUACGACAAGCCGUCCACUCCCCUCGCAAAUCGAAGGCAUCAAGUCAAUUCCACGAGGCGCAUCGUGUAUGCAGACGGAGGCGGGCCACGCGUCAGAUGUCUUGGACGUUACCUUAGGGUGGGACGGCGCGAUGGCAAGAGAGCUGUAGGAACUGCAUCACAGCCCACCCUUACCAAGAAUGCCCGCUUACCUCCGCGAAUUCUGUCUUGCGUGCGGGGGAGCAUGCGACGAGCGCAUUCGAGCUCGGAGCUGAGGACGCGCCUCUUUCGGGCACGCAGGAGGGCGGCGAUGGAUGCGAGUGCGGCCGGGAGCGUGCUG